GAUUGUUUGUGGUGACUGAGCGAUAGAGACGAGCAGCUGGAGAGAAAGAGAGAGUGAGAGAGAGAGGAGUCCGCUCACCUGUUGAAUUACAGGGGAGAGAACGCGUUUUUAACUUAGAUUUUUAUAGUUUUUUGUGUAUUUUUUAAAUAAAUUAAAGUCUCUGAGGUUGAGGUUUUUCAGUCAUGACUGAGGCAAUAAUUCCCAACGGCUGCAGCCAGGGCAGCGGAGCCGCUGAGGACAGUUACUUCAAAAAGGGAUGUAACCCACUUGCCCAGACUGGCCGCAGUAAGCUCCAGAAUCAGAGAGCGUCCCUCAAUCAACAGAUCAUCAAGCAGAUGAGGAUGAGAGCCGGGGCAGAGAACCUUCUUAAAGCCACAUCCAACAACAAAGUACGAGACAUGGUUAUGCUGGAGUUGAGUUACGUGAACUCCGACCUGCAGCUUCUGAUGGAACAGCUGGAGGGUCUGAACAGCUCCGUCGAAGUUUACCAGAAUGUUCAGGGUGCAGCCAUCAUCCCCCUCAUCCCUCUGGGCCUGAAGGAGACCAAAGAUGUGGACUUUUCUGUUCCUUUCAAGGAUUUUAUCCUCGAGCAUUACAGUGAAGAUGGUGCCAACUAUCAGGAUGAGAUAGAUGAUCUGAUGGACCUCAGAAAGGCAUGCCGCACUCCCAGCCGCAACGAUGCAGGAAUCGAGCUGCUCGCAAACUACUUCACUCAGCUCUCCCUCCUGGAAAGUCGCUUCUUUUCCCCCAACCGCCAGAUGGGAAUUUUUUUCACAUGGUAUGACUCUUUUACUGGUGUACCAGUGUGUCAGCAGAACAUGUCUCUGGAGAAGGCCAGCAUUCUGUUCAACAUGGCCGCCCUUUACACACAGAUUGGAACCCGUAGCGACAGACAGACAAGCAGUGGCCUCGAGGAGUCCAUUACUGCCUUCCAGAGAUCAGCUGUUGUUCUCAGUCAUCUAAAGGAGACAUUCACACACACACCUAGUUACGACAUGAGUCCGGCCAUGUUGAGUAUGCUGGUGAAGAUGAUGUUUGCACAGGCUCAGGAGUGCCUGUUUGAGAAGCUUGCUCUGCCAGGGAUCCGCAAUGAGUUCUUCUCCCUCCUCAAGAUGGCCCAGGAAGCUGCCAUGGUUGGGGAAAUGUACGAACAGGUCCAUCAGUCAAUGAUUCAGAUGCCCAUUAAAGACAACGUGCCCUUUUUCUGGUCUAUAAUGGCACAAGUGAAGACCCACCACUACCGAUCUCUUGCUCAUUACUUUGUCUCCACUGCUCUACUGGACCACCAACUAAACCCCAGUGAUGAUGAAGAUAAGCAGGAGAAGGCUCUGUCUCAGCUGUACGAUGCGAUGCCAGAUGGGCGCUCACCUCUCGAUGUCCUGAGACAUAAAGAUGAGAGACGUCGUAUAGGUAAAGCUCACCUGCAGCGGGCAGUAGUUGGUCAGGAAGAAGCACUGCGAAUCCAGGGGCUCUGCCGUGACCUCCGCAAACUAAGUGUCCUCAACGACAUCCUGCAGGCCAGCCACAAACGAUCUCUCGCCAAAUUUGAGCAGAAAGACAAGGAAGACGAGUUCACAGACUACAUGGAGGCACCAGACAUCAUCUCUAAAACCGAGCAGAAAGCUGAAAUGGAAGUCCCUGCCUCCAUUAAGGUGAAAGUCAAAGACUUGUUCCACCGACUGGGCCCACUGUCAGUGUUUUCAGCAAAGCAGAGAUGGACAGCGCCGCGGACAGUCCGACUAAAGGUCGAGGACAGAGACCUGGGCUUUACGUUGAAGGGAGAUGCACCUGUUCAGAUUCAGUCACUGGACCCUCUUUGUCAUGCAGCUGCUGAUGGUUUAAAAGAGGGUGAUUACGUAGUUGCCGUGGGUGAUGCGGAUAGUAAAUGGAUGGGCGUGAGUGAUGUCAUGAAACUGCUGAAGGAUGUUGACGAGGAAGGCAUCGACAUUCAAGUGGUCAGCAUGCUGGACAGCAGCAGCCAGACAAUGCCUGCAAAAAGUGCCACAUACUCCGGCGCCCUGCCCAAGACCUACUCCAUGAUCUGCCUGGCCUUCAACGACGAUGACAAGCACCCUAAGGCGCGCCACGUGACCAAGAAGCUGUCCUUCCUCAGCUGGGGCUUAAAGAAUAAGCACAAGAGCGCCAGCACCCUCAGCCUGCCCACUACGGACUACAACGGGGCACUGCCCUUCCACAAACCGUGCCCCACCUUUCCCAGCUCCUACAACGACAGUUCCCUCUACUAAACUUACAAACCCUUAACACAGGAGACUGAACAAAAUCCACACGCACUGAUUGGUCGGAUAAUUGUGGCAUCAUGUUCACAUUCUGCCCUGCAGGAAGUGGAUUGGUCAAAAGUGCAGCAGUGCUGAAGUACUAAAGGAAAACAGACAGGGAAUGGACAAACCUUUUGGCACGGAGUUUAAAGGAAUGCGCAAAGCUUGUAUUGGAACAUUUUUAUAAUGUGAGCUGAGGACACUUCUGUAAGCCUGAGGAUGACGUCCUUCACUUAUUAUCUACAGUGAAUAUGUGUUACAAAAUAAGGUUAGCCUAACUAUAUGUGGGGUUAGAAAAUUCAGUGCAUUAUAUGUCCUAUAACCUAUUAUCUAAUUUCUAUUAUAUCUCUGUUCAAACUCUCUGCACACUUUUGUGCCAUUUAUAGGAGGAUUUAGUUUUUUUAGUUUUUUUUAAAGCAUCAGCAGACUUAUUAUGCAUCUAAUCUUAACAAAUAGCUAUAAGAAUCUUUUAAACUAUGCUGUGAUUUUAAGUUUCUCUCAAUCAAAUAACUGGAGCUGCUGCUGCUGCUGUACAUGCUGUUUUUUUGUGUGAAUGUUUUUGUACUGAAAAGUCCAAGAAGAAUAGGAAGAUGAUGAGUGUUGUGAUGUUUGCUAUUUCUGUUUUUUUGUUGCAUACAACUCUCACUGGGAUGCUGCCAGAGCAUUUUUUUUCCUUAAGCUCCUGUUCUGUGCUCCUGUCCUUUGCCUGCUCUCUGUAGUUGCUAGCAUAGAAAUAGAAAGGGUCACUCCACUGUUGUCAGCUGUCUGUGGCAUUUGGCUGCAGACAAAUAGGACUUUUUCUUUUCAGUCCUGCGCUGCAAGACUGAGACUCAAGAGACUCAAGGACAGGUCACUACAGUCCACAGAAGUCCACUAAAGUUUACAAACUGUAUGCGAUUAAAUCUUACAAUACAAAAACAAAUCCAGAUUCUAGUCCCACAAAGUGAGCAAGUGUAAACGCAUGCGAUUAAAUCUUACAAUCCAGAUUCUAUUUCCACAAAGUGAUUUUGUGUUAAAUGCAUGCGAUUAAAUCUUAAAAUCCAGAUACAAUCAAGAUUCUAGUCCCACAAGUGUCCAGGUGUAAAUGCAUGCAAAUAAAUCUUACAAUCUAGAUUCUAGUCCCACAAAGUGAGCUUGUGUUAAAUGCAUGCGGUUAAAUCUUACAAUCCAGAUUCUAGUCCCACAAGGUCAGCAGAUCUAAAUGCAUAUGGUUAUAUCUUACAGUCAAAAUACAAUCCAGAUUAUAGUCCCAUAAUGUGAGCAGGUGUAAAGGUAUGCGAUAAAUCUUACAGUACAAAAACAAAUCUAUAUUCUAGUCCCACAAAGUGAGCAGGUAUAAACACUUGCAAUUAAAUUUUACAAUCCAGAUAAAAUCCAGAUUCUAGUCCCACAAAGCAAGCAUGUGUAAAUGCAUGCGAAUAAAUCUUACAAUCCAAAUACAAUCCAAAUUCUGAUUCUACAAAGCGAGCAGGUGUAAACAGUGGUCUUCUGUUCUGGGGUUGGUAAAUUAGUUCAGUCAGGACAGUCUGAAGCUUUGUAAACUCUCUGUAUUGUGUUGAUAUCGCUGUGUUGACUGUAAUAUGAAAAGUGUUGUGAGGUCCAGCUCAUCCAGUGAAGUGAUUUCAUAUAUGUAUAUAUAUGUGUGUGUUAUUUUUGGAAACAUUAUUUUACAUAAACAUAAACUGUUGAAAGUAGACUCCGGUGGUGCUUGGGUUAAAUUUAUAUAUUGCCAAACCCAAGUGUGAAGGUUUAAAACUAAACAAAAGAGAAGAGCAGCAUUUACGAUUAUUUACUUGUUUUUCUUUUAACUCGUUUCCUGUUUUAAUGUAUUCACUAACGCUUUUACAAGUGUUAGAUGUAUCUGACUGUCUACAAGGUAGAUUCUUAUACAUGUUUGAUAAUCAAAUAAUUAAAAUGCACAAAGAAGAGGAAAAGAUUUAUAAGAAGUAUGUAUUCUUCGGAGGCUUUCAGUGUAUUUAGUGCUCAGACUGUGGCUGGGUGUACAUGUUUAAUAGAUUUGUUUUGAUGCCACAGAUUUUUUUAGACCUACUGCUUUCCUUAAACUGUGUAAAAUAGACUUUUUAUGAGUCCAAACAAGUAUUUUCUAUCUUAUUCUUAUAUUCUUAUAUUUUCUAAAACUGCUUUCAAGUGUUAUGAAUGUCCUUCUCUCAAGUGUCUUCACUGGAGCAGACAUAGGUAGAAUCCACUAUUAAUACCAAGUAAUAUUAUGAUAUUAUAUUUAUGUUAUAUAAAUGAAAUGAUUCCUCUCAGCAGGUAGGGAGGUCAGAUGUGCAGGUUGAUGAUUGCUCCUUUUUUAACCUGUUAUUUUAUUGCAUAUUUAUGUUCAUAUUUUAUGGGUUGAGUAUUGGAUGUAUUCUUGACAGUUUAAGAAUUUAGAAAUAGUGGCAAAGGGCAACUUCCCCACAAUGAAUACUGUAUCUGUGGUGUUUUUGGUAUAAAUGUUUUUUUUUUUUUUCUAUUUAAACACAAAGGUCACACUCCUAGCCUGGCCCAGACUUUCCUAUUUGUUUUGCUGUUUCUGCACUUUUCUGUACUCUGUGCACAGUAGAUAGUAGUAUUAGUUAUUGUGAUGUAUUUUAUGGGGUAUGUCUUUUGUCACUUCAUGUUGUGUACAUGUAAACCUGAGGUUAAAUAAAUAUGGGGUGAUAUGUCA